CGAUACAUAUACAUAUUGUUUCAUUCACAUGCCAUACUCGGCUUCCUAAUCAUAAACGUAGUCUAUCUUCCAUACAAAAUGCGUUGCCCAUAUGCCAAAAGGUCAUGACCAUAUCCAAAAACCAAAUAACCCAUUCAAUGUCGCCAUGAUAUUGCGCCGUUACCCAAAUAUGAGUGAUUCAUAAAUCAAUCAUCCAGAUAUUUAUUAUCAACCCACCCACGUUCCACCAUGAUUUUAUGUUGUAUCCAAAACAAGUGGCAGCAAAUUACCACAAAACCGCUGUGCUCAAAAGUAUAAACAAGGAAAAAGAACCACCACUGGGUACCAGAAGCUUGAAAGCGUGAGAGGUGAUGGGACUAGUCGGCAAUGUCGCGGCUUGAGUGGCUGCUUGAUGUGCCGCUGCCUGUCACGCUCAUGUGGUUCUUGGCCAUAGAGACGAGCUUCCAGAUGCCGAAGGAUACGGCUGCUAAGAUGAUGAAGAGAAUGAUAAUGAUGAUGGCGAUAACGUCGUUCUUCUUCAUGUUGACGUUGAUGUUGUGUUUGGUGACAGUGUCUUUGUUGCAAACAAUGGAUUCAAGAGAGAUGUUUCAAUCUGAGACAGUUAGUUCAAGGGUCCAAUUAGACUGCCGAGGCUCAUGGGUAGACAUACCCAGUCAAGAAUUAUGUUGUGGUAGAGUAGAGUUGAGUGGAAGUCCGAGUCAAGAGGUUGGAGCAGAGUCAACGUAGUGCAACCAGAUGAACCAAUCAAUCACAAAGUCGUACAAUGGAGUCGACAAAGUCGAAAAUAUCCAAAAAUCUCUCAAUUCUUUAUUCAAGAAAAUAAGCCGUAAGAUUCGUUUCUUGGAAAAAAGAUAAACAAGAUCAGGAACUGGAAUGCGCAGUCUCACUCACAAACGGC